CGAGUACAUAUCCAUAUUCAAUGUGCCGUUUAAAGAACAUAUUAAUUCUUAAAAUAACCAUGAGACUUUUUAUUUGUGCUACUUUAGUAUUGUUAGUUGUUAAUGGAUUUCCGCCUAAAAAAACUGAAUUGAUAGAAUUGUCCGUCAUUCAUAUAAAUGAUUUUCAUGCAAGGUAUGAGGAAACAAACCUUGAUUCCGGGUUAUGUAAAACCUUAAAUUGUAUUGGUGGAUUUUCGCGUCUUUUUGCAAGCGUAAUGAAAAUUCUCCAAGACAAACCUCAAUCGAUUUUACUCAAUGCGGGAGACAAUUUUGAAGGUACUUUGUGGUACGAUGUGCAUAAAUGGAACGUUACUCAGUAUUUCUUCAACAAACUACCAACAGAUGCAUUUACAUUAGGCAAUCACGAAUUUGAGGAUAAAAUCGCAGGAUUAGUACCGUUUCUAGAACAUCUCAAAGCUCCAGUCGUUGUGUCAAAUAUUGAUGCAAGUGGGGAACCGUCAAUUCAGAAUUUAUUUAAUAAAAGUGUUGUUAUAGAAAGGCAUGGGUUAAAAAUUGGCAUAAUUGGAGUAAUUUUAUCAACAAUAAAUGAAAUUGCAGACAUUGGUAAUUUAAUUUUACUAAACGAAUCUGAAUCUGUAAAUAAAGAAGCUGAAAGAUUAGUUAAAGAAGAGGGAGUGUUUACAAAUAUUGUUCUGUCACACUGUGGCUACGACGUAGAGAAGGCAAUCGCAGCAAAUUCUACUUCAAAAAUUUCCCUAGUUGUGGGAGGUCACACUCACAGUUUCCUCUACACCGGGGAUCCAGUACCUGGAACAGACAUACCAGUGGGCCCAUACCCCACAGUUGUCGAAAAUAAUGAAGGAAAAAAAGUCCUAGUAGUCCAAGCGUCUUCUUACACAAAAUAUCUAGGAAACAUUAGAGUUUCUUAUAAUCAAAAAGGAGAAGUGGUGAAUUGGACCGGAGCUCCUCUAUUUAUGGACAACAAUCUGCCUCAAGAUAAAAAAAUAAAUGAGGAAUUACAACCGUGGAAAAAGAAAGUGGAUGAAAAUGAAAGCAACAGAAUUAUUGGUCGUACAAUGGUUCGAUUGGAACAAAGUUCGUGUCCAAUGGCGGAAUGUCUAAUGGGAAAUUUCAUAACAGAUGCUAUGGUUUUUGCGUAUUUAGACUCUCCGGAACCUGGUACUUGGACAAAUGCAUCAAUAGCAAUGAUGCAUGCUGGUGGUUUAAGGUCCGGUAUUGAUGUCGGGGAUAUAAAUUACUUCGAGGCUGUGAGUGUGGCACCUUUCAACAAUACGAUUGAUCUUGGUGAAAUUCAAGGAAAACAUUUGAAGGAAAUCUUAGAAUCUUCAACUACCGACGAUGGUAUCACACUUUUGCAAGUGGCGGGUCUCAGAGUAGUAUACAACCUAACAAUGCCCGAAGGUUCACGAGUAACAUCUCUUCAAAUCCGUUGUCGAAACUGUACAGUUCCUAUUUAUGAAAAUUUAGACAAUGAAAGAAUAUACCGGGUCGUCUUGCCAUCGUUUUUAGCAGAAGGUGGUUUUGGCUUCACUUUAUUCAAAAAGUACUUCAAAUAUCGACAAAUAGGAGGUUUAGAUAGAGAAUUGUUUGUGAAAUACGUCGAGUGUAAAUCCCCCAUCUUCCAAGAGAUUGAAGGACGAAUUAUAAUAAACCGAUAGUGCGUUCUGAUUCGUUUAACGGAUUGUUUUAUCGUGUUGAAAGUUGUGUUAAUUACUCAAUAAAUUCGCAAUGCAUAAAAUAAAUGUUUUUAUUUUAAUUUUGAAAAUAGUCGUUUGUGCAAAUUUUAAUUUAACAAUAAUUCAUUUCAACGACUUUCACGCCAGGUAAGUACGAAUUUUGGUUUUUAAUUUUAAUAUUUAAAUGUUCAGAUACGAACCCAUUGAUAAUUUAUCAACAACUUGUGAAGGUGAAACUUGUAUUGGAGGUUUCUCAAGACUGUAUUCAAAAAUCAUACAAUUAAAAAAUGAAAUGCCAAACUCACUUUUACUAAAU